AUGGUUCAGUGCAAAAUCUGCAACAGCAAAGUUUCAAGAGGAUCUGACGACCCAAAAAAACAAGGAUUAAGUGGACUCACGUCACACCUGAAGAAUCAUCAUCCUGACAUCAAACUUACGCCCGAAAAAGCAGAAAAUCCAAAGGCAAAUGAAGAAGCUGACUUAAAUUCCAAUAAGAGAAAGGCAGUUACAAUCUUCAACAUGCGAUCAAAAAAACAAAGAUCCGACAUGUUUAAAUCUACAAUUCCAAACUGGGUUCAAGCUUCUUCAAAAAUUGACUCUAAUUCUGAAAAAGGCCAAAAAUUUCACAAGUCAAUUUUUGAAAUGAUGAUUCUUGACCUCCAACCAUGGUCUAUUGUCAACGAUGCUGGAUUUUUGAGGCACCAUGCUCUUAUUGCUCCAAAUUACGAAAUUGCUAGCGAAAAAUACUACAGAAGUUUACUGGAUCCGACUUACGAAAAAAUUAAAGUUGCUCUCAAGGAAAAGCUGGUUCAAUCAGAAGCUGAAAAUGUGUCUGUCUGCCUUGAUGCAUGGUCAUCAUUUCAUCAUGGCUAUCUGGGAAUGACUGUUCACUUUAUUUCCAAAGACUGGAACCGUGUCAAAUUCUGCAUCUCUUGUUCUCCAUUUGAUGAAAGUCAUACUGCAAAAAAUAUUUUCAAAGAGAUCAAAGCAGCAGCAGAGGAAUGGGAAAUUUCUUCAAAAAUUGGAGUUUGCUUAAGAGACAACGCAGCAAAUGUAAAAGCAGCCUUCAAUGAGCCAAGCUGUAAUUAUAAGUCAGCUGGAUGCCUUAACCACUCCCUUCAACUUGUGAUAAAAAAAGACCUAUUAUCAGAUCCUACCAUCAACGAACUGAUUGAAAAGAGUCGAAAACUUUGUUCUUACGCAUCCCAUUCUAUUGGUUUCUACACUGAACUUUACAGACAGCAAGAAAUCCAAAUGGAUAGAAAAGACAGACUUGGCUUAAAAAACGAUGUUGCCACAAGAUGGAACUCUACCUAUUACAUGCUUGAGCGAAUUUUACACCUGAAACCAGCCAUUGCUGCAACCUUACUCAAAUUUCCUUCUGUGGGAAUUGAAUUUUCCGUCCAAGAUUGGAGCCUCUAUGAAAAAGUGGUGAGGAUUUUAAGUGUUUUUGAGGAGGCAACAAAAAUGUUGUCAGGUAGUGAUUCUUGUAUCAGUUCCUGCAUUCCAAUUGUGACAACAAUAAUUAAAGCUUUGGAAACAACCUCCGGCGACGUCAGUGUUCAGAAAUUGAAAAUAGCUAUGAAAAAUGCAAUGGAAAAACGUUUUUCAGCAAUUGAAAAAACAGAACAUUAUUCAGUUGCUACUUUACUUAAUCCAAAAUACAAAUGGUAUUUUUUCCGAUCUCAAGCUGCUUUGCAAAAUGCCAAACACAUUGUCAUGUCCCAAAUGGAGAAUUUUGAACCUCUUGAAGAUGAAUUGGCUCCUGUUACUCAAAUUCCAUCGGUGACAAUGAAAAAAACACGGCAUUCUCGCACAUAA